CUGCACAGUUUCCUGUUUGAAGCUGCUUCCUGUUGGCUUCAGCUGUUUGGAGUUUCCAUUUUCUAAACUUCUACAUUCUGAACCUUCUUUAGCUCUGAACAGAUUACGAAACACUGAAUGAUUUCAAGCACACACUUUGUCUAAUAAACUGGCAUCUUUCAUUCUUUAUACAGAUUGUGGGACUGUGGUUUGUCAGAGAUCAGCUGUUAUUAUCUGGCAGCAGCGCUGAAGUCCAACCCCUCCCAUCUGAGAGACCUGGACCUGAGCUACAACAAGCUGAAGGAUUCCAGAGUGCAGCAGCUCUGUGGUUUUCUGGAGAGUCCAAAUUAUAGACUACAGACUCUGAGGGUCAAUAACAAGACAGUCAAAUCUUCCAGAGACAAAACCAUGAUUGAGAAGGCAGCAGCUGAAGAAGAUAGUGGGUACUUAAAGAAGCAAGAGAAAUCCAUCACAAACAGUGACUCUGAGGUCAGACUGAAUCCAGACUCAUUAGACACUCAGCUUGAUUUGUCUAAGGAUGACACAGAGCUCAUUAAGCCUCCAUCAAGCUUCACACCUGAAGUACAAACUGAAUCCACACAAAUCUCCUACAGGUUCAGGUGUCCUGGUCCAGGUGUGUUCCUGUGUACUCUGACCAGACUGGUGUUUGUUAUGGCUCAGGAGGCGGAGGUGCUGUACCGGACUGUACAAUGGGAUGAGAGCCUCCUUCAACCAGCUGGAAAAACAGCUGCAGGGCCGCUGUUCAACAUCACAUGCUCUGAGGAUGCUGUCCGUCAGCUCCACCUGCCACACUGUGAAACAAAGGAGGUGGUGCAUGUUGACGGCCUGCUGUCUGUUGCCCACAUCUCUGAUAAUGGGAUGACCGUCUUGGAGCCGCUGGAGAUCACUGCCACCCAUGUGGUUGUGAAGGUCCCUCACCUCUCUGCCUUUGGCCUCAUCUGGGAUGUCUUUAAGCGGUUCCUGAACAUGGAGGAACCCGUAAAUGGCCAAGUUCUGCUGUUCUUCCAACCUCUGGAGACAGGGCCUCGAAGAAUCAAUGUGUUUCUGCUGCAGGAAAAUAUCCCUUUGUCAGAGGUGUCUGCCCAACAAGGACAUGUGGCUGAAUACAUCCAGACCCCUGCUGACUGCCUUUUCAGCUUCGGUCAAAGGUACAGUGUCCACUGUGACCCUGAGAGCAGGAUACAGCCAGAGCAAACACAAUUUCACUUAAAGUUUGGCCCAAAUUACCAUCCAACAUUUCAAGUGUUCCUGACUACAAAUCCAGAGAUUGUGACUCUGAUGGUCAAAGACCAAGAGGGGACAGAAACCUGGAAAUCAUCUGUUUACCUGCCAGGUCAGCGUCCUGUUACAUGUCUGUUAUCUAUCUUUGUUCCUUCAGCACCAAGAACAGAAACCUUAAUGAGGAGUGUCCCAGCUGAGGCCCGAGUCCCAGCAGCUGAGAGGCUGCUCACAGUUCGCUCACAGUUUAUUGAAAGAGUGUCUGAACCUGUUUUAAACAAACUUCUGGAUAAACUCCUGCAGCAGCGCGUUAUCAAUGAUCAGGAGAUGGAAUCAGUCAGAUCACAGCAGAGCAGAGCAGAUAAAGCACGAGACGUGAUGGACACGGUGCGACGAAAAGGUCGCGAAGCCAGGUUACUGCUGAUCGCUGCUCUCUGUGAGGAGGAUCGAUGCCUUUCCACAGAGCUGAACCUGAAUGAAGACAGACUUGGAAAGAGUCUGUGAUGAUGAAUCUCAAAGACCACUGACCGUUUCAUUGUGAUCUUCAUGUGACGUGUUUUUAAACUGCACUUUAGUUCUAAAAGUGCCUCUCGUUAAAACCUGGACUCUGAUUAGAUGCUGAGCAGGACAUUGGAUGGACUGAAGCAGAGUCUGGGACCUCAGUAAUUAUUAGUGCACAAAGCAGCAAAUAUGUGAAGCUCCGUUAAUGCUGAACCACAUCUACAGGUUGAAGAGCAACACCUCAGGUUAUCUGGGACCAGCGUCAGUUUGCACCAAUAUAACUGAAGCUGUUUUUACCUGUAAUGCUGGAAUAACCUAUUGAAUCACAUGAUCAGUGUUUACAAUCUGUUUACUGAGGUUUAAACUCUCCUCUGUGCUUCUGCUUUGAGCAGCACGUUGUGCUUCUGCCUGUUUAAAUAAAGUUUUGCUGCCUGCUUUCUUAUGCUGGAGUUUGAAUUCAUGCUUUAAAACAGUUUGAGCUUCCUGUUUGUCUGAUUUACUUGAUUUGCGUCUCAUAUCUGAAUCGUGUUGUCGUGGGUCUGCAUGUGUUACAGUGUUAAUGGAGAUGACCCAGCGACUUAAAGUGAGCUGUUUAAUGAAUAAAGGCUGGUGAUCGAUGAUGAUGCGAAAAGGCAAAUAAAGAAACCUCUUACUAGAAAACUUUACUGACUCGAAACACAAUAAGCUAAAGAAAAAGAAGAACUUGUCAUGUUUCCGCUGUGUGGCAGGAAGGUUUAGGACCCAAAUGCAGGACACAGAACACAAGAGAGGUAAACUGAGAGAGGCAGCUUUUAUUGUUGUUGAAAAUCCAAACGUGAUGAAUAAGGACAUAUAACCAAAACUAGAAACUAAGGCCAGAAAACACAGGAAACCAGGAAGCUACAAAACCCAGAACAGACUCUGGAAUAACUGGGGACACAAGGAGCUCGGAGAAACACACACAGCACAAAGAAGUGGUACGACGCAACUGAGAGCAAGGAAAAUACAAGGCUAAAAUACACUAAGGGAUAACAAGAGAAUAGGACACACCUGUGAGCACAACAAGACUAGGGGAAG